GUCGUCUUAACUAGGUUGGAUCGCAAAUAAAUAACAGAUUUUGAAUGUUAGAUAUAUAAAUGAAUAAGAAUUGCUGGCAUGCAUGUAAAUUUCCUAAAAAAUACGCUACUUCUGUAAUAAAAACUUCUCAAAACCUUCAUUCACUUCUCCCAAAUUAGAGGGAGGAAAAGGAAGUUAUUGUUUGAACCCCCCGCAACAGUCCAUUGAAGAAGACGACACCUUCACGCUUAGAUAAAAGAUAUACUUUUCCAUCCAAAUCUCCCUCUCCUACGCCUUCCCAUUAAAUCCAUCUUCCCCCUAUUCCUCUCCAUCUCCAUCAACAACCGAUACCCAAUGCCUCCCCCUUCUCCUCCCAUCCCUCCGAUCAUCCUCCGCCGCACCUUCCCCCUCUUCUGGUGUCACCAAUGCCGCCGCCCGGUUGCCAUCCUUCCCUCUCUCUCAGCUACUCCCGACAUCUUCUGCCCUCGCUGCUUCAGCCCCUUCAUCCACGACCUCCAUAUUCCCUCCCCGCUUCUGCCCCCGCCUUCUCCGGCAAACUUUCAUUUCAACUUUCCCUCCCUCCAUCGCCGCCACCCUCUCACUCUGCUGCCACCUAGUUACUCUGUUCCUCCCACUAUGGACCUUGGAGACUACUUCACCGGGCCGAAUCUCAAUGAGCUCGUCCAGGAACUCACAGAGAACGACCGCACCGGUCCUCCGCCGGCAUCAAAUCACUCCAUUGAUGCCUUGCCGACGGUGAAGAUCACGGCGGCACAUCUCCGCGGCGGCUCGGAGUGCCCUGUUUGCAAGGAGGAAUUUUUUGUCGGGGAAGAGGGGAGGGAGAUGCCUUGCAGCCACGUUUACCACUCCGACUGCAUCGUGCCGUGGCUUCGAAUGCAUAACUCUUGCCCUGUUUGCAGGUUUCAGCUUCCCGGCGAGGAGCACGCCUCCGCAGAACAGAGCAGGGAGCGUUCCGGCGGCGGAAGAGGAGGGAGCAGAAGGCGGAGGCUGCGGGAGGUGCCGGAUAGAUGGAACCCUUUCACGAGGUUGUCGGCUUUUAGGGACUCCUCGCCGCCGAGAGUAGAUUACCGGCGCCGCGUCGACCGGCGGGAAGAAGCGGAAGGUGAUCCUAUGGAUGGCGUUGCUGCUUUCUAUUCAUGGUGGCGCUCAUGGUUUCUUCUUUAGCUCUUUGGAUUAUAUGAGACGAAUGGACGGUCAGAUGUCCGUUUCUUAAAUGCUAGCUAAAGUGAAAAAAGAUGAAGAAAAAGUUGACCAAUGAAUGACAAGGCAUGAUUUCAGAUAGAAAACGAGUGAAUCUACAUGCAAAAUAAUUUCAAUUUAUUAUUUGUAAUAAGGGGAGAAUAAAUACUGAAAUUUGUAAAUUUCUCAAAUAUUGUUCA